AUGAACUUACCCAUAAUUAUGGCACUCUUGGCCUCUACGAAUGCCAUGUCGCUCCCAAAUUUCUUCAAUUUUCUCCCUCAACAACUCAUGGAUUCCACAUUCAAUCUGUGUCCUAUUGACAUACCGUUGACAUGUACUAACAAUACGCCUAUCGAAAACUCGUGUUGCUUUGAGAGCCCGGGCGGAAUUAUGUUGCAAACGCAGUUUUGGGACUAUUAUCCACCCAUUGGCGCAAAUGAUACCUUCACAUUGCACGGUCUCUGGCCCGAUAACUGUGAUGGCACCUACGAGCAAUUCUGUGAUGACUCUUUAAAUUUGCAAGUUGGAGAGCUUAAGAAAAUCUUGGUGGACGAGUUCAACGACCCGGAAUUAUAUGGAAAAAUGCAAGAAGUGUGGAAAAACUUCAAUGGAGAUGACGAGUCGUUAUGGGUCCAUGAGUGGAACAAGCAUGCUACUUGUAUCAAGACGUUACGGCCCAGAUGCUACGGUGGAGAGUUUACCAAAAACGAGAACAUCUACGACUUUUUCAAAAUAUCCAUGCUGCUCUACGAAAAGUAUCCCACAUUUGACUUUUUAGCAGAGAAGGGCGUUGUGCCUUCCAAUGAUAAGACAUAUACCAAGGCAGAGAUAGCUGAUGCUUUGAAUGAGAAGUUUGACGGCAACAGCGUCUUUUUCAAGUGCAACAGAUAUCACGCGUUGCAGGAAAUCUGGUACUACCACCACGUCCAGGGACCUGUGAAAGGGGAGAAGUUUGUUCCUAUUCCUUCCAUGUUGAACUCCAACUGUCCUGAAACAGGAAUCAAGUUUCUUCCAAAGGGUAAAUUCUCUCCUCCACCCAACCAGCCACCUAAGGACCCCAACGCUAAUCGUGGCUACUUGAAAUUGAGCGACCAUUCUGGUUGUGUCAUUAGCAAUGGUCAAUGGUAUGGACAAGGCACAUGCGCCACGUUCAGAUUAAUUGAUUCGCAGUUUGGAGGUUUAAACUUGUUGAGUUCCAAAGGCGUUUGUGGAAUUUCCCCUUCUGGUGAUCUCAAUUGCAAUAGACAAAACACUAGAUCCAAGUACCAGUUCCAGAUGGACAAGAACACUCGGGAGAUCGGCUACGGCGGGAACUUUGAUUGGUGUUUCAAUGAAAAGGGAAAGCAUGGAUCUGGAAAGUUUGUGCAAAUUCCUGUUAAAUUGGCCGACGGAGAUUGUGAGUCGUUCAAGUUGAAAUUGACGUAA